AUGGGUUCUCCCAAUGGAUCCUUGGCCAAGCGAAGCUGUGAGGAGAUUGAGCGGUUGAUGGAGCACAGUUCAAAGCUGCAAGAGGAGCUAGCCAAAGGACACAGCAUUCAUGAGCAGGAAAGGCAGGUGGCAGACCGGCUGAGGCGGAGCUUGCGCGAUGCACAACUGGAGGCUGAGAAGCACAAACAGGAAGCAGUGCAAAGGUGUUCUGCUGCCUGGGCGAGUGUGGCGGCACGGAGGGAAGAGGAAAACAUGCAAUUGAGGGAGGAGUUGAAUCAGGUCGUCAGCAGAAAGGAGGAGCUUGAAGCCCAGCUGCGGCAGCUGCAGUUGGGCACAAAAUCGCAUGGAUCCGAUGCUGAAGUGGCAAGCCUGCAAGCCCAGCUACAUGCCACCAGCAGCGAGCUGGCAGAGCUCAAGAACUCCAUCAGUGAGCAGCUAAAACAGGUCCAUCUGGAGGCAGAAUCUGACGCCCAAGCUGCCAUCAUGGAAGCCAAUGCCAUGGCCGCUGAAUACAAUCGGCAGCGCCUCGAGGUUGUGAAUGCCAAAGAUGCAUUGGAGCGUGAAUAUGUCAAGAAACUGGAGGAUGCAAAGGCCCCCCCAACACGACCACUGUCUGAGGAAGUUUCCACUCAAACGGACCACCUGCUGCCCACUGUGGCUGUUGCUUCAGCAAGCAGAGAGAUGCAGACAGACGAAGUUUUCCUUGAAAACGCUCAGCAAAAGCGCAGUGAGGGUGGCACUGACACCACCCCUUGCCCCUGCACCUCUGAAGAUGCCUCCACCCAGACAGAGGCUUGCCAAGUCACCACUUCUACACCCUUGGACCAACAGCAGUCGGGGACGGAGCCAGAAACGCCCACCACAAAGAUGGCAGACUCCCAUGGUUUACAGCAACCGCCUGGGGCCCCAGGGCCCACUGCAGAUGGUAGCCUGGGGCCAGGUUGCGCUGAUAUUGGAUUCAGGCCCGAGCACGAUGCAUUGAGCCAGGGCGACACUGUGCAGUACAGCCCAUCGGACGACGAGCCCCUGCGGGCAUCUCCAGAGCCUCAGGCUACAGGGGAAGGUGACAGCUUGGCAGGUUCUCAAAAGGAGGGCCCCUGUUCCUCCCCAAGGCGAAGUUUCCACUGUGAAGAGUGUGGUUUGGUGAAGGGGACCCAAGCUGCACCACAUACAUGGCGGUGGGAGGACUGUGCACACCCUGACGACUUACCAUUGACACGUGUGAGUUCGGCGCAUCAGAACCAGCCGAUGGAUGCCGCAGACACUGACGAGAACGCAUUCGACAUCCAAUCGCCAAGCACCUGUCUGGAUCACUCCCAUUCAAGUCUAAGUUACUCCGCAGGGAAGCAACUUGGCUACCCUUCUAUCUUUCAUGGCCACAAGAACAUUGGCGGAGGUCCGCUACAGGACCUGACAAACACCCCUUUGUACGCAUGCCAUCAAGAAUCGCAACCCUCUCCACGGCCAAAUGUGGGUGCCAGCCUUGACUGCCCGUCCCCAGGGGCGUCUGUUGGAAAGCCGGCAUGGCGCCCGAGGUUCGCCGAUCGCAACAACAGGAGAAGGAGCUCAACAGGGAGCAUUGGCUCUUGGAGGCGCCCCAUCGGCCAUCAGGAAACGUCUCGCCACGGCAGCGAGGGAAACGACGAGGCCGUGGUGUUGCAGGAUUCGGGACUGGGCAACGUGACGUCCGAGGAUUUUGGGCACGGCGACGGUUCACCUAUGGGUGCAGAAGAGGACAGGGACGGACGUGAGAAUAGGCAGCCUGAAUCUUGCUUCAAUUCUGGCCGGACUAGGGGCGCGGCGCACACGCUUGCCCCAGUGUGCCAUUCCCAUCGCCACGAAAACGAUUCUGUUUGUCAUAAAGAGCGGAGACCUCUGCAGGAGUUUGUUCGCAUGUCGGGUUGCUCGUUUUCUUUCUCAACGCCUAUGGGCGAAUCUGCCAGGCCAAACGUUGAGAACAGGCGCGCGGAAGCGGCAAGGCACAAACCCCACUCUCACAGGGAUGAAAGCGAUAUGAACAGUGUCCGUGGUGCCCAGAAGGAGGCAAGGCAACCCUCGUCAUCCGAGGACCGCAAGUCCCGUCAUCUGCUCCACGGGAGCGAUUCCGGUGGCAGGCUGGGGGAGUCGCCCAUCCGCAGAUCCAGAGAAAACACACCCGCUGUGAGACGUGGGGGGUCAUCGCCUACGAUUCCGGAAACGUCAAGGGAGCCCUACAGUCCCAUGGACUCCAUGGUGGCCCCAGUAAACGCUGCCAAAUACGAUGCUGACAAGCAGGCCUCAACUGGUCUGGCUUUCGAGGCGCCCAGCGGCCUGCGUUCGUGGCAGCGCAGCAGCCUGGCGUGCACACUGCCCGCAUCAGAGAUGUCUGCCCACAAAUCCAGUGCAAAUCCUGAGCCCGAACUGCACAACAGCACCGCAAGGGAUAAGGGGUGGGCAUCCAGGGGCCCGUUUCGUAGGAUGGCCAGAGGCAACCCACAACAGUACCGGGGUAGCCAUCGCCCCAUGGCAGCCAAAGCUGCCGAUGACGGCAUGGAGGCCCUCAACAUGUCGGAGUAUCACAAGCAGCGUUCAUGGAUGCAGGAGCAGGCAUCUCGUCGCCAUGCAAUGAAGGCUGUGUUGCAUGAGAGCAAUGCAAAGCAGCUGCAGUCACACAUCCGGCAGGGAGCUGCAGCUUUGAGGCAGUCCAUGGAGCAGCUGCGCGAAAUGGACAGGAGUGACAGCAUCUGCGGCAGCAGUCGGUCAACUCGAACAAGUGGCUGUAAGAGGGCGCUGAACACAGUGCUGCACUUGCGCGAUAGCAUAGUGAGCAGCAUUAGUUUGGUGAGCAAACAGUCCACACUGAACGACCGUUAUUCGCCGACUGCAAUGAGGGGGUUGUGA